AUCGCGAAUUUGCAUUUUUGACCCUGUAGACUUGCUGUUGUACACGCCCAAGUCAUGACACGAGAGGUCAUGAGACGAGGGGCUCCAGUCUGCAGCCAUUUGGCAUUUGGCGCUCAGUUUGCUCCUCCUCUUGUCUCCUCUAUCGCUAUCUGGAUUAAUUAAGGUCUCUGAGCAUCUGAUUUUGGGGCAUCACCAGUAACCAGAUUGUCAACAAGUUCCAAAAGUUCCAGAAAGCAUGGCCCUCUUCAGCGUCGUGGAGUUCAGAGAUGAAGAAUCAAGAGAAGGGAAGACUCUAGUGGAUAUAAUCCCAUCGUGUUGGUUUACUGAUGAAGACAAGACGGACUGUUUUUGGCCCUCAGGCCUAAGUCUAAACAUCACUAAGGCAGUUAAGCAGCAACUCCAGCCAGAUGCUUCAUGGACGACAUACAGUGUGCGUGUAAUUGGAAAUGCAGAUACAUAUGGAGAUGCUCGAUGUAAGUUUGCACGAGCAGAAGUUACAUCUGAUCUUCAAACAGACAAUGAUGUACCAAAGAAGCGACAAAGAAAGGAAAUGCCACCCAAAAAAGCCCAGGCUCUUUCAUCAAGUGAGGAGGAAGCUGACUCAUGUGAUGAGGACGAAUUGCCACCUUCUCCUCCCCUUGAAUUUGGCAGUCAUUCAGCAGUAGGAUAUAAACCUAGCAUCGCCUCAAGAGUGAGUGGCUCCAGUGCGGCCCUGAGUGUUCGAAGCCCCAGCAUGACCCCGAGUGUUCGAAGCCCCAGCAUGACCCCGAGUGUUCGGAGGCCCAGCACGCCCCCGAGUGUUCGAAGCCCCAGCGCGACCCUGAGUGUUCGGAGCCCCAGCGUGACACCGAGUGUUGGAAGCCCCAGUGCAACCCCAAGCACUAGUUCUUCCUCAAGUGUGAGCAGCCACAGUGACAUUGAAGGAGCCAUGUUUGUAAAAUUGGUAACUCUCCUCGAAGAAGUGAAGGACACUCAGAAAGUACAUAGCAAAAUGUUAAAUACACUGAUGAAGCAGAAAGCGGCCGUGCCAGUGUUGGAACCACCUGAAGGAGCAGUAUUUUCACUGACCACUAACCAAGAUGUGCAAGCCAUGAACGAGAAGCUGUGCGACUCAGAGUUCAUGUCUGGAGUUAUUGCUAUGGUUGGAGAAAUAGGAGGUAGUUCAUUGGAUGAUGCCACCAGAAGAAUGAUGGCAUUCCUCAUGUCCCAUGAAUUGGCACUGCAGUACAGCCUUUUUGGACGUCAUGGCAAGAACAAUUUUCGAGAGCUGCGUCUUUUUGAUGUUGUAUAUGGGGCACUAAAGAGGAACACAUUAACUCAAGGAAUUACCCAGAAGGAAGCAGAGAAGGCCCUCUCCAAGUGGUUCACUGGAGCCGUGACAGAGGCGGAAACAGGACGGUAAGAGCUCAGAGAGAGCUUAAAAAAAAAUUGGAUGGUGGGAUAGGCCAAGAAGAGGAACAGUCCCAGUAGGUGUUACCUGGUAUUGCCAUAGUGGUAGGAGCACAUACACACACCUUCAGUUAAGUCUCUUUUACACCAAAAUAAUAGCCCAUUUGCAGCUCUCAGACGUGUUGCCUAUUUUAUUGUUUGGUAUGUCAUGUCCGUUGCCCUGAAUGUGUUUGAAAACAAAAUAAGGUUAAUAAACAACAGAAAGCAGCAGGGAACACAGUGAUCUUGUUAAAGUUUAUUCAGUUUUGUUCCGCAGAAAUUGAGAUGCUGGCAUAUCAGCUAACUUUAAGAAAUGUGUAGUGAGUUGUUGACUUGUGGGAAAUUUCAUUACCUCCUGUCCCCUCUUGUAAAUUUGGAAAAUGUAACUGUAAUACAAAUUUGAAAAACAAGUAUGUCCUUUUGAAAAAUGUCCUUGUAAAAUGUCAGUUUUACCAGUCAUCAGCUACACAAAAGAGAACUCAUUUCAUUCAUUUCCACCUGUGUUCCUUUUAUAUGUUCACUCAGUAGUGCUGAAUAACACAUCUUUUGUACUUUAAAGCUAUGAUCACAAAGUAUACACUCCUGUAAAAAUUAGCAUGUCCACCCAGGUGUUAUGUUUACUGUAUGUAACUGUUGAUUGGAUCUGGAGCCAAUAUCGAUGACAACUGCAGAGUCAUUUGACUGGGGACGUAACACUGAUAUGCAUUUAAAAGUAUGUUUUCAUUGUUUUUGUCCUGCUGCAACAGCCAGGGCCAGAGGCAUUUAUGUUUUUUGUUGGACUUGAACUCAUUAGAUUGGGGAGGUCAAAGGUUAAGCUUACUGUCACCUCAUGUUUCUGUGGCCCAUUCUUGCGAAUGCAGUAUUUGCAAAUGCAAAUUUUAUGUUUUAAAACAAGUUUUAUUAAACAUGUUGAUUGAAAAACAA